AGAUUCCUACCCAACAGCAACAUCACCGAGCAGCGUUGGCCAAAAUGGCCGCCGAACAACGGAAGCUGCUGGAGCAGCUCAUGGGCGAGCAGCUCAUGGCCAUGCCCGGCUCUAGCAAACAAUCCGCUCUGGCCAUCACCGAUGCGAAAGUAUGCCGCUCAUAUCUCUGCGGCUCUUGCCCUCACGACCUCUUCACCAACACGAAACAAGACCUUGGCGCGUGCCCCAAAGCUCACCAGCCCAAUUUAAAGGAGGAGUACCAGGCGGCGGGGGAGGAGAAGAAGCGGGAGUGGGCGUUUGAUUUCGACUACCGAAACGACAUCAACAAAUACGUCGCCGAUUGUGAUCGAAGAAUCGACCAGGCCCAGCGACGGUUGGAAAAGACGGCGGAGGAGGUGAAGCAGACGAAUCAGCUCUUGAAAGCAAUUGGAGAUCUGCAACGCACCAUCGAAGCCGGCCUAAUGGAGGUGGAGGUGCUUGCGGAGGAGGGCGCGGUCAAUCUGGCGCUACAGGAGUUUCACAAACUCAGAUUGGCCAAGGUGCAGAAGGAGGAGAAAGAAAGGGAGCUGAAGAUUCUGACAGACACAAGUGGGCCGUCGGGGCAUCAAAAGCUGCAGGUGUGCGAUGUUUGUGGCGCGUACCUGUCCCGACUCGACAAUGACAGACGAUUGGCGGACCAUUUCUUCGGCAAGAUGCACCUGGGCUACGCGCAGAUGCGGAAGGAGGUGGACCGCUUGAACAAAGAGUUGAAAGGGCGACCACCGCCGGCCCGGGAUGACUCGAUGCAGGACGGUCCGCAGAGAGGUGGAUAUGACGAUGGUGGGUACGGGGCUAGGGGAGGCUACGGAGGAGGAGGUUACGGGAGAGGCGGCGGCUAUGGAAGAGGCGGCGGAGGUGGCUUCCGUGGCGGUUUUGGGCGAAGAUGGUAGCCUGUCACGGGCAUUGUUUUUAGCGAAGGCGUUGGGGGCAUGUGGGCCAUUUGUAGACACUGAACAGCACGUCGUGAGAGCCUA